AACCCCGUUUAUUUAAUCGACAGCAAAUUAAAUUAGAUCAAAUAAAAUCCUUGGUAGCUCUGUGAUGCUAGCCCUGAUGCUAGCUGCUGUUAGCUAAUCAGAGGAAUUCAAGUAUUUACGUUGAACGGGCUGAGCCAUGGCCAGUUUUCAGAUCCGGAAGUAUCGGGACGAGGACUCGGAGGCGGUGAGGGACACCUUCACCAUGGGGAUGAGCGAGCACGUGCCCUCCUCCUUCAUGCACAUGAUGAAACAGCCACUGACCCAAAUGGUGCUCAUGUGCCUGUUCUGCGCCCUCAUCACCAGCUCCAAGUCUUUCCUGUUACCCAUCCUGGCCGUCACCCUGGUCCUGGCUGGGGCUCGGCAGUUGGUCGUCUACAUGUUCAAUAAAUACAUCGACACCUCACUCAGUAAGGACCUCAAUAACAUCAGCGAAACCUACCUGAAGCAGAAGGACUCGUGCUUUUGGGUGGCUGAAGUCGAUGGAGUGGUGGUCGGCACGGUGGCUUGCCUCCCUGCUGAGAAUGCGCCUGCGUGUUUGGAGUUGAAGCGCAUGUCUGUACGCCGCAGUCACCGCAGGAUGGGCAUCGCUAAGGCUCUGUGUCGGACAGUCACUGAAUUUACUCGUGAACGAGGUUUUGCAGCUGUUUUGCUGUUCACCUCUGUGGUGCAGACAGACGCUCAGAAGCUGUAUGAGGACAUGGGCUACAAGAAGAUACGAGAGUUUGUUGUUCCUGAGCUUGCUGCCAAAAUCAUGAACUUCACUCUGAUGGAGUACAGACUGGAUUUACAGAGAGAGGGGAAAAGUGAAUGAGUUGUUAAUUAAAUUAGACACAAAGACUAUAACAUUUUAGGGUUAAGGAACCGUCCAUUUAUUCAGUUGCAAUACUUACUUUUUGCCAGCAUUCAUUGGCCAUAAAGGGACAGUCAUGAUUGUUUAAAGUUGGGUUGUAGGAAGUACAGUAUAGCCCUUUUGAACUUGUAACUGAAGAUGUUAUAUAAUUGUAUGCUUUUCCCAAAGCCACCAGACUUUAUUUAAAAAACAAAUAUUUGUUACUGUUACAUUUCAGUUGUUGUCAAUAGAGCCUGGUUGAAAGACUCCAGAUCACUAAUUUGGUUCUCUGUCUAAAAGCAUGAUAAAGCAAUGGGAAUAUUUUAAAUCAAGCAAAACAAAUAUUUCAACUUAAUUGCUUGGAAACCAGGCUGGCACCAAACUAUCCCUUUAGGUCGAUAAACCACAGGCAACAGUAUCCACAUAAAGAGCAGUUUACUCUACACAGGUUAAUAACAUGUUAGUAUGUUGAAUAAGCUACUUGAAAGUAAUUUUAUUAUUUAAUUUUCUAAAUGAUUUAUUUUUACAUGAUACUUAUAGAAUAAACUAAUGGAUAAACAUA